UUUUUUCAUUUAAUCAUCAAAUCACCAUAUAAAGUAUAUUAUCAUCAUUACCCCCAUUUCACAGAUAAGACAUCUAAGGUACAAACAUUAAAUAACUUAUUCAUCAUAAUGUAGUUUAGUUAUAGGUACAGAUUUAAGCCCCGGUGUGACACUAGAUAAGCAUUGCUGGGGGCACCAGAUGGUUGCUGGUUGAUAAGAAUAAGGGUAUGAAGUUAGAGCACGGCCUGUAGCCCCAAGGUGACAGGAGAGCAGGUCUCAUGUUAUUUCCUGUUCAGAAGUUGGUCUGGUCCCAGAGCUCAGCCUGCAGUGUCACCAUAUAAUGUGCAGUAAGUUUUGGGUGAAGAGGGUAUAGACGGAUUAUCACGCCAUUGGGGCACCAGAGCUGGGAAGUGGUCUGCCCUCCCUUGGCUCCUUGUUGCUUAAGGACUGAUGCUCCGGCGUGAUGACUCGGGGCUGGCCAGCCCACGGCACAUGGGAAGGACCAGGUGGCGCCAGGCAGCCACUCUCCUUGUAGCUGAACAACGGCUGGAGCCCACAGAGCUGCUCUGACGCUACCCCCUUUCUCAGGGCCUGAGGACAACGAGCCCACCCUCCCAGCCUUUGAGGGAGCAGGGCAGCAGCGAUUGGGGUUUUGAAAGCUUUCAUCAUAAAGUUGUGGGCGGAAACUUCCCGGGGGGUUUGCUCUGAGCUUCUUGAGGCUUCUCAGGGUCAGAUGCAGAGUGAGUGGGUGUCUCUUUGAGAAGCCGAAAGAGAACGAAAGAGAGGUGUUUCCCUUGGUUCUGGAAACUCUAUAAAGAGAGAACCGGCUUCCUUCUCUUGAGCAGUCAGAAACAGGAGUCUGGCCUUUGACACCUGGGCCUCCACACAACUGAGGAAGAGGAAAACCCUUGGCUGGGGGCUGGCUUGAGGCACUGGAUGCCAUGCAGCAGCCCUUGAAUUACCCAUACCCCCCAAUCUUCUGGGUGGACAGCAGUGCCAGCUCCCCGUGGGCCUCUCCAGGAUCAGUCUUCCCCUGUCCGUCCUCAGUGCCGGGAAGGCCGGGGCAAAGGAGGCCACCACCACCGCCACCCCCAACACUACCGCCACCGCCACCCCUGCCUCCACUACCACCACCACCUCUGAAGAAGAGGAGGGACCACAACACAGGCCUGUGUCUCCUUGUGAUGUUUUUCAUGGUUCUGGUGGCCCUGGUUGGAUUGGGGCUGGGGAUAUUUCAGCUCUUCCAUCUACAGAAGGAGUUGGCUGAACUCAGAGAGUCCACUAGCCAAAGGCAUACAGCAUCAUCUUUGGAGAAGCAAAUAGGUCACCCCAGUCCACCCUCUGAGAAAAAGGAACUGAAAAAAGCGGCUCAUUUAACAGGCAAGCUCAACUCAAGAUCCAUCCCUUUGGAAUGGGAAGACACCUAUGGAAUUGCCCUGGUCUCUGGGGUGAAGUACAAGAAGGGCAGCCUUGUGAUCAAUGAAACUGGGCUGUAUUUUGUGUAUUCCAAAGUGUACUUCCGGGGUCAGUCCUGCAACAACCAGCCCCUGAGCCACAAGGUCUACUCCAGGAACUUUAGGUACCCCCAGGACAUGGUGCUGAUGGAGGGGAAGAUGAUGAACUACUGCACUUCUGGCAAGAUGUGGGCCCGCAGCAGCUACCUGGGGGCUGUAUUCAAUCUCACCAGUGCUGACCAUUUAUAUGUCAAUGUAUCUGAACUCUCUCUGGUCAGUUUUGAGGAAUCUAAGACAUUUUUUGGCUUAUAUAAACUCUAAGAAAAGCACUCUGGGAUUCUCUCCAUUAUGAUUCCUUGUUACAGGCCCUGAGAAUAUUGUCUUGAAUGAGAGUUUUCUGAAGUCCACUUGAGGUCAUGAGAGAAGACAUGAACCAAGAGGAUCUUGAGACCACAGAGUGCAGCAGGUCUACAGUUCCUUAUCUCACCUAAGGUCCACAAACCAGACAGGAGGAGGACUAUGAGCAAUGAACAUGAAACUCUGGGCUGCCAUGUGGAGAUGCAAGGGCAGGGAAAAGUGACUACCAGUUGCUUGUGUCAGCAACUACACUCGUCUUAAGUGGCCUAGUGCAUUUGGACACAUUGAAAAUGGCACCUUUUAACUCACCUCUUGGGGUGGGUCUACUGUCUACCUCAGGGGAGGUUGUCUUUCAUGUAUAUGGAUGUGACAUGAAUGUAUAAGGGAUGGGAAAAGAGGACCAGGCUUGCAUGAUAAGCUAAAGAGACUGAAAGGCCAGCGUCCCACUGGCAGCAUCUUUAUUUCUAGGUGUACAGUCUGAGCCAUCAGGUCAUGUUAACAGAGAAGCAAAAGAAAUCUUUUGGGAACUCAAUACACUCCCUAUACAGCAUGUAUAUUUCCAGUGCAAUUGUAGGGGUGUGUGUGUGUGUGUGUGUGUGUGACUGUGAGUGUGAGUAUGUGACUAGAGGGUUACAUAAGUAGAAAGAAUGUGGAAACUGGGAAGGGCAUGUUAGAAUAUGGGCUGCAUUUGAUGGUAGAUUUUGAAUGCUUUUUGGUAACCAACUCUAGUAGUCCUCAAAGCUCUUUGAUUGUCAGUUAUUAAUGCUGUUUUCCCAUAAUAUAACCAUAUUUAUAUGUA